AUGUCCCUUCCACAUGAUGACCAGGGCAAUUCAUAUUCAGAAGAUUGGUUAACUUUCUACAGAGCGCAUGAUAAUGAAGCGCAUGUUCUUGUUUCAGCAAAAGCUAAAUAUAUUCAAGGUGAGAAUGAGGGUUCAUAUGCAUUUAUUACCUGUAAAAAUACACUUAUAUCUUUUUCUUUUGAGGAUAAUCCAAAUCUCAUUGAAAUUCAAAAUUAUGCAUUCUAUCAAUGUGGGAAUUUACAGAGUAUUGACUUAUCACCAUGUAAAAAACUUACUAUUAUUGGUCAAUAUGCAUUUUCCCAAUGUAGAAAAGUAGCCUCUCUUAUGCUUCCUGAAAAAUUAUUAAAAUUGAGAGAUUAUUGUUUUAGUACAAUAGUACAACUACAAUCAGUUAUCAUUCCAGAUUCAAUAACUAAGUUAGGUACCCGAUGCUUUUUUUAUUGCACAAAUUUGAAAACAUUUACUAUAAAUCCGACAUCAAACUUAAGAUUUUUGAUGGGAAACUUUAUCAGAAAAUCAUUGAUAGCAGAAUUCACAAUUACAGCUAAUGUUGAGCUUGUAGAUCCAGGUGUUUUUGAAGAAGUUCCCUUAACAACAUUUUCAGUCAGCCAAAAUAACAAUUACUACGUCUCUGAAUCAAAUUUGUUACUCACUAAGAAUAAAACAGUUCUAAUUUCUGCGCCUAUGCUCUUAACAGGUACUUUUACAGUCCCUGAUGGAAUACAAGUUUUGGAAGGUGUUUCUUUUUCCUGUUCAAAGUUAGAAUAUGUUAAUUUCCCAAAUACUCUAAAAACAAUCAGACGUCAUUGUUUCUUUAAUAGUAAAACCCUUAAGAAAGUUGUUAUACCUAACUCUGUAACAGAAAUCCAGCAAAAUGCAUUCCAAUAUUGUUCAAGUUUAUCUGAAGUAAUAAUGUCAGAAAAUGUUAUUGUUCUUAAUUCAUAUGUAUUUUUUCGAAUGUAA